GCAAGACAGCAGCUGCUAUUAAAGCUCUGAGGACCAAGGGGUACUGGCCACAAGAAUCUGUAUCAGCUACUGUGCAAAAAAAAGAAAACGUCUAAAUUAUUAAAUAUUAGGUUCUACUUAUCACAAUGCACUGCUUGAAAAGGCUGAGGACAGCUAACCCGGGAGUCUUGCAGCUAUUUAAAAAUGCAGGAAUCUCCGCCAGAGUUGGAGCUGACAGCAUCGUCGUGUCCAGGACACAGCAACCUGUUUCUCUCCCCUGCUGGGCCGCAGCAUCACCCCUCAUCCAUAGAGCCUUUCAUCACCAGACGGGCCCUGAUGUGGAGCAAGGACCCUCCAGCAGGAGCAGGUGGAUGUCCAGUAUGGAAGACCUACUUUUCUACACCAUAACUGAAGGCAAAGAGAUGAUCCCCAUCUCCCAGUUCAUCUCUGCUUUGAGAAAAACAGGUUUGUUGACGUCUGACCCCCGGCUGCGUGACUGUGUCCAUCAGAUGCGGCUUUCCACACGUGAUUCUAUCGGGCCUGUCAUGAUGGACAAGAAGCUUUUCAGAAGAUGUGUGGGAAACAACAUCAUGCUUCUGACUAAGGCCUUCAAGAAAAAGUUCAUCAUCCCAGACUUUGAAGAUUUUACCCAGCAGAUCAAUAAGAUGUAUGACAGUGCACAACAGCAGGAGGUUGGGCAGGUAGCUGAUUACAUUCCUCAGUUGGCUAAGUUCAGCCCAGACCUCUGGGGUGUGUCUCUGUGCACCAUUGAUGGACAGAGACACUCUGUGGGUGACACAAAGGUUCCCUUCUGUCUGCAGUCGUGUGUGAAGCCUCUGGAGUAUGCCAUCGCUGUGCACGAUCUCGGCAGCGAGCACGUCCACAACUUUGUAGGCAAAGAGCCCAGUGGAUUCAAGUUCAACAAACUGUCACUAAAUGAUGACCUGAAACCCCACAACCCGAUGGUGAAUGCUGGAGCCAUCGUCAUCAGUUCUUUAAUAGAGCCUCAUUCCAACAAGGCCCAGAGGUUUGACUAUGUGAUGGAGUUCUUGAAAAGCAUGGCUGGUAGGGAGUUUGUGGGCUUCAGCAAUGCCACUUUUCAGUCAGAGAGGGAGACUGGGGAUAGAAAUUUUGCCAUUGGUUAUUACCUCAAAGAGAAAAAGUGCUUUCCUGAAAACUCAGAUAUGAUAGCAGCCCUUGAUUUCUACUUUCAGCUUUGCUCCAUUGAGGUGACUUGUGAGUCAGGAAGCGUCAUGGCUGCCACUCUGGCCAAUGGGGGUAUUUGUCCAAUCACAGGCGAGCGCGUGCUCAGUGCAGAAGCCGUUCGUAACACCCUCAGUCUCAUGCAUUCCUGUGGCAUGUAUGACUUCUCCGGACAGUUUGCCUUCCAUGUGGGCUUGCCUGCUAAAUCAGGGGUUUCAGGUGCUGUUGUAUUGGUGGUCCCAAAUGUGAUGGGUAUGAUGUGCUGGUCCCCUCCUUUGGAUCGGCUGGGAAACAGUGUUCGUGGCAUUCACUUCUGUCAGGACCUGGUGUCGUACUUCAACUUCCACAACUAUGACAACCUGAGACACUUCACAAAGAAACAUGACCCCAGGAGGAAAUCAGAUAAUGAUCCACACAAGUCAGUGGUAAACCUGAUGUUUGCAGCCUACAGUGGUGACGUUGCUGCUCUCAGAAGAUUUGCCCUUUCAGCUGUGAACAUGGAGCAGACAGACUACGACUCUCGUACAGCGCUUCACAUUGCUGCAGCAGAAGGUCAUGUGGAAGCUGUUAUCUUCCUAACUGAAAUAUGCAAAGUGAAUCCCCACAUGAAAGACAGGUGGGGGAACGCACCUGUAGAUGAUGCCCUGCAGUUUGGCCAUGGAGUGAUUGUUACACUCCUGCAGGAGUACCAGAGUAUGUACGAUGAAAGGAUGUCCCAAGGUGAGACGGAGGAGCAGAAGCCUGCAUUGGAUACGCUGAAGAGCAUCGCUUAAGGGAUCUUGAGGGUUUGUGGUGAAAAAUUAAUCUGAGAAAUGAGCCUGAGGAGACUAAAGGGAACUGAAUGAUUGAGGAACAUGAUAAGUUGAUGUUACUUAACAUUGGUAGACGGGUCAUUCUUUGUACCGCUGAAAAUCUAUAUGGUGCAAAAUGAUGUCCCUCUGUUUGAUAUCUGCUAACUGAAGGAAAAGUUCAACACAACACUAUAUUUACAAGCAAUGUGUUGCUUGUGUUGAGAAAAUGACUUUAUAUCAAGCCAUGAUUUGGCUGCUAUUGCAACAUUAAUGAACUGUUUCUCAGGCUUUGCCUUUGAUUGAAAAUGCCACCAGGAUGUAAAUAUUUAGUAUAUAUUCAUUAUGCUUAUUUUUUUUUAAAACAUUGAAAUAUAUUUUGCUUCAUCAGUACAUCAUUUAAUCAGAGGGUUUUAUUCCCUCCCAUUAAUGAGGAUAUAAAUAUUCCCAAAGCUGCUUCAUUAUUAUUCUACCUCAACAGGAGGUUGUUCAAUCUUAUUUCUGCCGGUGACACGAGGAAUACUUUCAGUGUAGUGUGCAUCAGUUCAGAGAUACUCUUUACUGAUGUAGCCACUUCUUGUGUUCAUUUUUAUUCUUUUUAGGGAUUUGAUCUGCAUAAUUUGGGUGAGCUUCGAAGUACUUAAUUGGAUAUCAGACACAUCCACAUGCCACUGGAACUGGUAAAAGCUCCAACAAAAACAUUUUAUGCAAAUUACUGUUGCAAACAAGACACGUGGAUGUGUUUGAAGUGAUGCUUUUAGACAUGAGAUGUUAAAGCCCUUUUGUAAUUAUGUUUGUAUAUUGAUUAAUUAUCCAGCCUUCUUUUUCUGUGCAAUUAAGCCAUUUGAUAAAAAUGUACUAUUGUAAUUUUCUCUACUUAAAUUCAUCGUCCUAAAUCAAUGAUUUUUAUCAGCUGUCUUUUACCCAGUUCAACCUUGGCAAUGAAAUGAUUCCUGAGUAUGCCAUUGUAAAUAUGUAACAUUCUGCUGUAAAUAAUGCAAAUGUAGAAGUACUUUUAUUGAAGUUUCUUUAUUAAACAAUAUACAUUUUGAA